UUCAACGUCACCGUUCCUGCUCGAGCCUUUUUGCAAAUGAGCUACUGUGUCCUGUGUAGAAAGACGUAGCUAGCUAUCAGUGUACAGCUAGCGAACAUCACCUUUCCCGAGAAGAAGGAGCACCGUCUUCGGACAUAAGUAUAUCAGAUCCGAGGAGAACCGUGUCCGUGAUAAAAAUGAAGAGGCGGAUGCACUUUGGCGUUGUGCUGGUUUAUUCGCUAGUUUUGUAUUUCUCUUCGUGCUCUGCGUUUUAUCUUCCGGGUUUAGCCCCGGUGAGUUUCUGUGAAGAAGGCAAUGGCAGUGAAGAUUGCCAGACCGGAAUCACGCUGUUCGUAAAUCGCUUGGACUCUGUGGAGUCAGUCCUGCCUUAUGAGUAUGACGUGUUUGACUUUUGCAAAGAUGUCAAGGAAAUGAGGCCUUCCGAGAACCUUGGACAGGUGCUGUUUGGUGAACGGAUUGAGUCUUCACCGUACCAGGUCACGUUCAAAAAAAAUGUUAAAUGCAACUCGGUGUGCACCAAGACCUACAAGAAAGGCAGCCAGGAGGAUGCAACCAAACUUGAUUUUCUUAAGAUGGGAAUGCAGCUGAACUACCAGCACCACUGGAUCAUCGACAACAUGCCGGUGACAUGGUGUUAUGAUGUGGAAGAUGGUCAGAAGUACUGCAACCCGGGCUUCCCCAUCGGCUGCCUCGUCACCACCGAUGGCCGAGCUAAAGACGCUUGUGUUAUCAAUGCCGAGUUCAACAAGAAGAACACUUUUUACGUCUUCAACCAUGUGGACAUCAAGAUCACUUUCCACAGUGGGACAGGAGAAGAUUGGAAAGGGGCUCGGCUGGUCGCCGCCACUUUGGAGCCGAAGAGUAUCAAACAAACCGAUGAGAAAAACCUAAAUUGUGAAACAGGCGUCCCAAUGGAGGUGCCUGGGACGUUCGAGGCCGAUGUGUCGGUAGUUUACACCUACUCUGUCACAUUUCAGGAAAACAAUUCCAUCAAGUGGGCUUCCAGGUGGGACUACAUCCUGGUGUCCAUGCCCCAUACCAACAUCCAAUGGUUUAGCAUCAUGAACUCCUUAGUCAUCGUCCUCUUCCUGUCUGGCAUGGUUGCCAUGAUCAUGCUGAGAACCCUGCACAAGGACAUUGCCAGAUACAACCAGGUGGACCAGGGAGACUUGAUAAAGCUUCCAACGACCAAGGAAAAAUCCUCUUUGCUCUACGAGGACGCCCAGGAGGAGUCUGGCUGGAAGCAGGUGCACGGCGAUGUUUUCCGCCCCCCUAGGAAAGGAAUGUUGUUGUCCGUGUUCCUCGGACAGGGCACCCAGAUCUUCAUCAUGACCUUCAUCACUCUCUUCCUGGCCUGCCUGGGCUUCCUGUCACCAGCGAACAGAGGGGCGCUCAUGACGUGCUCCGUGGUCCUCUGGGUCCUGCUGGGGACGCCCGCCGGCUACGUGUCUGCACGCCUCUACAAAACUUUUGGAGGUGAAAAGUGGAAGACCAACGUCCUGCUGACGGCCCUGCUGUGCCCCGGUAUUGUGUUUGCAGACUUCUUCCUGAUGAACCUGAUCCUCUGGGUGGAGGGCUCCUCGGCAGCGAUCCCCUUCGGCACUCUGGUGGCCAUCUUGGCUCUCUGGUUCGGAAUCUCUGUGCCCCUGACCUUCAUCGGCGCCUACUUUGGAUUCAAGAAACCUGCGAUUGAGCAGCCGGUGCGAACAAACCAAAUCCCCCGCCAGAUUCCCGAGCAGUCGUUCUUCACCAAGCCCAUUCCUGGUAUAGUGAUGGGUGGGAUCCUUCCCUUCGGCUGCAUCUUCAUCCAACUCUUCUUCAUUCUCAACAGCAUUUGGUCCCAUCAGAUGUACUACAUGUUCGGUUUCCUCUUCCUGGUUUUCAUUAUCUUACUCAUCACAUGCUCUGAGGCCACAAUUCUGCUCUGCUACUUCCAUCUUUGUGCUGAGGACUACCACUGGUGGUGGCGUUCCUUCCUGACCAGCGGCUUCACGGCGGUCUACCUGUUUGUCUACGCCAUUCAUUACUUCUUCUCCAAGCUUCAAAUAGUUGGAGCUGCGAGCACCAUCCUCUACUUUGGAUACACCAUGAUUAUGGUCCUGAUCUUCUUCCUCUUCACAGGUACAAUUGGCUUCUUUGCCUGCUUCUGGUUUGUAAAUAAGAUCUACAGUGUGGUCAAGGUGGACUAGAGGACCGAGGAAGAGUCGCAGUGUCGUCUGAACGGCCCCGAACUGAAACCAUCACAAACCUUGAAGUGCAGAGCCCGUCCCCUUUUGUGCUUUAAACCUACGUUACUAUUGCGUUCUUUUGAUUUCAUAUAUAUAUAUAUAUAUAUAAUCUAUACGAAAAAAUAUGUAUAUAUAUUUUUCUCUUCACUGUUGACCAGUAAUAUUGUGAGUGGCACCUUGAAAAUCUGUGUGGGUUCCAAUGAUCUAUCUGUCAUAGUGAGCAUUUGUUUCGAUCGGUUUAACAAGACAAGCUGUUUUUAUUUUAAUUUUAUACAGAAAGUGAAAUGUUCUGUAUUUCUUUUUGCUUUUCUAUUCCCUUUUGGUUAAAUCUUUUGGUUUUUCUUGCGUGUAAUAAUGAAAAAAUGUGUGUACAUAUACUGUAUAGAGAAAGUGAGCGAGAGAAUGAUCAUCUGUAGGAGUUUCUUUUUGUAUGGUGAAGAUGGGGCUAAACAUCCUUAAUUAUCAGCCUGUAAUGUAGUUCAGAAAUUAUAUAUAAAAAACUGACCCUACUAUGAUACAUGUCCAUUUCCUGGUUUUUGACAUUUUAGUUUGCAUAGAGAGAAGUGGUACACUUGUUGAAGAAGAAGCAUAUCUGCAUCGUAGAAGGAGAUGCUGCGGUACGUUUCACAUGAAGGACGGUGCGUGUGCGUGUGCGUGUGUGUGUGUGGCCACAGAAGAGAUUCUCGCGUAGUUCUCAUAAUGCCGUUAGCCAUCUUUCUGAUUAAGUACAUAUGCACCUUUUGGAAUGCACUCUAGAUUUUAAUGAGCAGUUUGCUGACCUGUAACUACGUAAAACACUGCUGCCUUUUGCUUCUAGCAGUGGGGAGUUAGCGCCCAAGGUUUCUUCUUUUUUUUUUUUUUUCUUUUUUUUUACAAAUAAAUGCAAUCCAUUUCCUCAAGGAAA